UUUAGUUCUUCUCUUUUUUAAAUUUUAAACUCAAAAAUCUUUAGCACAAAAUUCUCUAAUCCAUUCAUUCUUAUAAAAUCAUAUGACUUUCUAUAUAAUAUUCAUUAAAAGACUAACUAAACAUGUUGGAGGAAAAUGAAAAAUGGUUAUAUUAGACGAAUUAGUAAAUCAUGAUUAUAAGGAGUAUUCAAAUAAGCCAAAACAAGGUGAUAAUUCCAGUCGCGAGGACGAUUGUCACAAUGGGAUAUCUCAUAAUUACACCUUCUCUCCUCCGACGUUCGAAUUCACGGAUCAUCGCAUUAACAAUAUUUCUAUAAAUCACCCACCUCCAAGACCUAACGUGCAAUACAUAAAACCUUGUGAUUCAAUCAAAAAUGCCUUCGCCCUAAAAAAUAAUUUUGAAGAUUUGAUGAACGAUAAUCGAGACAAGGAAAACUUGGAACCCGAUUCAACUCAAAGCUCUUCAUCAAAUCCUAAAAAAAAAGUUGCCAGGAAGAGGAAAAAUUGUCUAAAAGAUUUAUCAGAUCCAUUUCCGCAACAUUCAUCCGGGUAUAUUUCCAACGGAGCGACUAACAUUAAUAAUCCCUCACCCAGCAUGGAAGGAUUGCACCUGAAAAGUUUCGAAGAAAUCAGUUCUACCACUUCAUCUUCUUCUCCGUUAUCCAACAAAUUUAUACGUAACAUUUUGGCCGAAAACAAAUGUUUCGUAAAUUACUCUUCCCCCACCAUAAAUUCGCGUUCUUCCCUUUCCACCAUGUCCUCUUUCUCAUUUUCGCCACUAUCGUUUAAUCUUCAGAACUUCAGCAAAGAUUCUUUUAAAUCUCCGCUCACUAGAUCGAAAAACCAUCCUGCCGAAAAUUUUGAGGAGAGCUUAUUGAAUAACAGUCACGACUUAAACCACUCCACCAUUUCUUCAUCUACCCAAAAUUUUUGGAAUACGGUCGAACCGAAUUUCAACUUUAUAAUGGGACAGGAUUUGAUUAAACAAUGUCAAGAAGCCGAUUGCUUUCUAGCACGCCAAUCAUCUCAUCCCAAUUUAACUUCGUCAUACAACGAUUUUUUGGAACAAUACAACAGAAUUAUCGAUAUGCUCAACCAGUUCGCCGAAAAUCUCCAGAAUGGAUUUUUGCAAUCUUCCAACGAAAUGGUUAAUCUGUGGGAAGCAAAGAAAGCGAAUUUAGUCGAGAAAUCCGUUCACUUAUGUCAACGAUACCCCGAACUGGAAACGGAAAUCAAGGCUAAGAUGGAACAAGUCGACAAUAAAUGGAGUGUGCUGGAGAAGAUUUUAGCUCAAAGGGAAAGCUAUCAGAAGAUACCUAGUUUGAAAGAUUUGAAGGACGAAAUAGCGGAGAUGUCCUCUUGGUUGGACGAAGUCGAAAAUAAGCUGAAGCGCAUGACACCUUCCAAUAUUGAGAAUCAAGAUGUUAACUCGCUCUACAUAGACCUUCAAGAAUAUUAUCAAAGACAAGUCGUUUCGCAGAACAAUAAAAUCACUUCUCUCAUAUUCCGGUGCCUGAGAUACAACGAAUUCGUGCUCAACGAUUUUCCUAACUCCUCCUACUCUAACCAAUUUCGCGGCGAUAAUUUACCCGAAAACGCGGACGAAAGUUAUGAUAAUUCUGGGAAUCGCGUUUUAAGCGCAAAAUCAAUCGACGAAUCGGAAGAUUUAAUUAAUGACGCUAACGACAAUAGCGUAUUGAUCGGAGCUAAACGGUUAGAAAAUAGGUGGAACAAAAUUCGGUUACUAUUCUUCGAGGUCAUUUUGUUGCUGGAAAAUAAUUUGAAGAUCCCUUCCCCAAUUGCUUCUUCGCCCUCAAAGACACACGAAAAUCUUGUCACAUCUGAAUAUCCACUCGAUAAAAACUUGAAUUUCGUCCAUAACGGAUUUCUAUCGACUACCGAUCUUAGCAACACCGAAGACGAUAUUAUACCUUUCUUCCCCGAAGAAUACGAGAAAAUUACUGAUAACAUUCCGUCUCAUACCGAAAUGAAAGUUGAUAGAAGCGGAUACAAGUCAAGGGACGACAAAGAUGGGGUGGGUAACAUUGAUAGAGACAAAAACAACCAUUCGAUUGAUACAAAUGUGAACCGAAGGGGAUACAUUACUCCAAAAAAGAAGGAGAAAAACGACGGGGAAACAGAAUACAAGUUAAAAGCUAGAGUGACAUCCCCCUCUCCCAAAAAGGCUUACGAUGAUUCUGACGAUAGUCAGGCCUUCGUCACUACUACCAGCACUACCACAUUCACCAAAAACGUAACAACCUCCCGACAGACCACACGCUUAUUACCCGUCGGUUAUGACUAUAAAUACCGAUCAAAACCCAGCGAAUACCGAUAUUACACGGAACCGGUUUUGAAUUAUAGGUGCUCGACAUAUUUCCCUGAUAUUACCAGCACUUAUCGUCGAUAUCAGAGCUAUUAUAACAACGACGAUCCCGAUUUUCAACCUAAAAAUUACGGAUUCGAUCGCAAAAAUUACAAUUUUGAGCGACCAACUCAUUAUUCGCCCGCCGCAUUUGAUACUGAUUCUUACGGUGAAGCGGAUCUCUUCACGUCCCGCGUCCACGAACUUACUCAUAGGUUAGAGGAGAGACGUGUCGAAGAAGAAAGUUGUCGGAGUCGUCUCAGGAAGUCUAACAUCGAAGAGAAAAGGUACCACGAUAAUGACGCAAGUUCGUUCGAGAAUUUGAAAAUUGAAGGAAAGGAAACAACGGGGGGCAAGGUCUUCAGAGACAUUAACAAAAACAGAAACUCGUACAAGAAGAGAAGGGGGAAGAGGCCACAACGUCUAUCUUACUCGGAUGACUGUCUGUCCCUCUCGUUGCCCCAAAAGAUCGCCAGCCAAUUACUCGAGCCUGCCUUGCGCCGAGAUAAGGACAAUUCCAAACGCCUCAAUACUACCCCCCAUAUUUUUUCGCCCGAUCACAACCGUAACCAAAAAUGGGUUAAUAAAGUUGACCAUGAAAACUUAAACAAUACAACCACCAGUUGUAACGAUGAAAAUAUUUUUCCCAAACAGAACAGCAUGACCAGUAAAACGACCAGCAAAGGAGGAGCCGGUUCCACCAAUAAUGACAAAUGGUACGACCCCUCGCUUCUCACUACUAUCAACAACUCCACCUCUUACCCACCCGCUUCAUCUUCCUCCUCAUCUCACCUUUCUUUCCAGCGUCACGAUUUCACCAUGUCUAACCCGGAUUGGGUCGACAGCCAUGACCAACUAUCGGUAUUGGCGACUAAUACGAACAACCCCUGCCCCACCGGUGAUUCGCCUGGUAAAAAUAUAAAUAUGAUACUUUCCGACCACACUCAUUCGUCGAUCCCUGCCGCAGGUUUAUCUUCAUUAUUUAAACCAAGCUCCUCUCACCUACAUAGCGAUAACAACAGUAGCGGAACAAGUUAUUACGGAGGAAGAGAUGAUAAGUUUUACAGUUUUGAAGACGCCGCCGCUUCUCCUUAUUACAGUUGCGGACGAUUCGCGACUGACAAGAAGCAACGGCACUGCCGUCCACAGGAUAGUGGUUCGCUGACUAGCACGAGCGAGUCCAUGUGGGACCCUUACCAGGCUCCCUUAUAUUCUCCGACCGACGAAGACGAACACCCUUCUGCUUUGAAAGAUGCCACGAAUAAUGAGGUCGUCAACCCGAAUUAUCGUCAAUCAAUCGCGGUCGAAGGACUUCCACAAGGUUCCAUAGAUUAUAACAACGAAGGGGACUAUAGCGACGACAGCGGAAGGAUAUCAUUCGAUACUCCUAGAGAUAUUAUUACUACCAGAUUCAUCCAAAAUUUUUGCCAAAGAAUCAAAAACAAAACUCAAUCUCAAAGAUCUUCCUCGAACGCCGAUUCAGCCCUGGCCGUCGUGUUCGAUUCUGAUAGUGAUAUCGAAGACCUAAAAUCCCUUCUCGUUAUCUCCAAAAAGGACCUCAAAAGAGCCCAAAAUGCUUAUCAAAAACUCAGCGGCAGUGAUGGGAAACACCUCAAUAUUUCAGAAGUUCGGGAUCGAUUGGACGGUAGUUUUGAAGGGAACAUUGGGAACAAAUUGGAAGAAAGUAAGAGAGUUAAAGAGGUCAUCGACGUCGCUACUAAUAAAGCAAAAUUAGACGAUUUGCCCAACCUGAUAUCUAUAUGCCGGACCCAUAUAUAUUUCCUCAAAACGGUGAUCGAAAACAUAUACCCCGAGAUGUCAGAAAAUAGUCAUCUUACAUCUUCUUCCAAGAAGAAAUCUUGCAAAAGAUUAAAUUUGCAGGACAAAAAUAAGACCUUUUUGCUGCACGAUAAAUGGCAACAGCUGCAUUACAAGCUUAACAUCAUGAAGGAGGGUGUCACUAAGGAAGGAAUGGAUAUAAUUAAUAAUUCCAGGAACGACGAGAGCUCUAAUGCCGCUUACCAAAUCGAAUUUUCGCGAUUGCCGAACGCUCAACAAGCUAUAAAUAAUCUAUUGCGUCACAGCGGUGACGAUGUUUUGUGUUCGCCGAAUGGUCUUGUUGAGAGUACUAAGCAUAUAGGGAUGGAAAGUUUUAUGGAAUCUAGCAACGAUUUAAUCAAAAAAUUGACAGAUCGCAUUAUCAACUUGCAAUCGAUUAAAGAGGAUCUCACUCCCUCCAGGACCAGUCACAGUGAUAGCUUGAUUAAUUUGAUUCAUAGAAGGUCUAACCCAAAAACCAUUUCCACCAGGGAUACAAACACCGAUACCCAUGAUUUAAUAAGUCCCAGAUCCUCGUUUCACAAAUUGAAUGACAAAAAUUUUUGGAGAUACUUUGCUUUCGCUAUGCUAACCCUAGCGCUUCUCUCAGCCUAUUUUUACGUCUUUCAGCCAUCAUGCUGCAACAAUACGAACAAUUUCAAAAGAUCCCUCAAUUUCGUGCUUAAUUACCCCUACGGGAAACCUCCAACUUGAAAAUCUUUCCAAUUCCAUUCUCUGGCCUCAGCCGGAUAUAUGUUAUAUUUAUCAUUCAUAUUUUUCUUUUUUAAGAAGAAGCUAUGUAUUAUAUUAACUUAGAGCAUCAAUGUAUUAAAAUUCUUAUUGUCCAUUCUUUUUACAUGGUAAAUGUGAAUCACAAUAUAUUCCUACUUUUUUGAUGAUAUAUUUUGUUAACAAGCCUAAAUAUGUUGGUUAAUAACCUUUACAUGAACGUUAACUGGGUUUGCAUUAAAAUAUUUCUAUUUUUUUUAUAAAUUAAAAAUUUUUUGGUAUAUAUAGUUGUUAAAAUAAUCGAAUAAUCAGAGUAUUAUUUAUAUAAAAUCCCAAAUAUGGCAACGUUACUAAAUGAUACAUUU